AUGCUCGCUGUGGAACUCUCCAACGAAUCGUCCCCCGUCAAACCGCUCUAUCGGAAAUUCGAAUUCCUCAACCACCGAAUCCUGCUACAUCUCCAGGACGAACUCUCCGAACUGGAAGAACAACUCCGCACUGUCGAUGAAAUCAUCGCUCAGAUGGAACCUCUACCCUCGACAGGCCAGAAACGCCCCCCAGCUUCCCGACGAGGCGACGCCUUCAGUGGAAGUGAAAUCCACCACCAGCGCACAGCUCUGCUGGGAAGGAUCUUCCUCAAAACAGAACAAUACAACCGCGCCUUAUCCUCCUUCCAAUCCAUCGCGAAAGACGCCCGGCCCGCCGAGAAGGAAAACGUGGAGACGUACAAAGAGUACAUGAAGACCAAAUUCCCCAUCCACGAGAUCGAAACCCGCUUCCUACACCACAACGCGGAUCUCAUCGCCCUCGGCCACACUCCCACACAGCAGGCCGUACCUCAACCGGGGCUCCCUUUCCAAACCGCAGCUCUCACAUCCCUCCCCAUAGCUCUGAUGCUCCCGCUCCUGCUCUUCGCCCUCAUCCCCUCGCUCGCGGGGCGCCUGGUCGUCACGGCGUUGAUCGGCGUCGGGGCGUUUAUGGUUGCUGCGACGGUGGAGAGGGUGAGGGAUCUCAUGGCUGUGAGGGAGUGGGCGGUUUGUGGGGCGGUUUAUGUGUUGGUUAUGGCUGGGGUGGCUGGGUGUGUGCCUGGGCAUGCUUGA